AUGGAGGCCCACGAGGGAAGGAGGGCUCACUCAUCACAGAUUUCGCAGGAAACCUGGGCGCCCUCACCGGAGAGCCCCGGGCGGGACGUCGAGGGACACGUGCUCCUACCGCAGGGUCACCGGCACGCCGGCCGCUGCCUGGCCUGGGCGUGCAGGGCCUGCAAACGUAAGCCGAGCACGGGUGAUCGGCGCAAGGCUGCCACCGAGCGUGAGCGUCAGCGUCUCCGAAAGGUGAACCGCGCCUUCGAGGUGCUGCGGCGCUGCUGCUCUGCCGACCUCCGGCGGCGGCGACUGCCCAAAGUGGAGAUCCUACGUAACGCCACACGCUACAUCAAGAGCCUUCGGGAGCUGCUCCAACGGCGGGUCCAUGACCGCUACGUAUCCGUGCCGGGAAGCCCCACGUCCAGCUGCUCCGACGGCACGUUCACCUGCAACAGUCCAGUUUGGCCCAAGAUGAGUAGGUGUUACACCAGUGAGUGCAGACAAGACUUCCGUAAGGAGAGCUUUAAAGAGAGGACAGCCGACACGUCCAGCCUCAAGUGCCUCUCCAACAUUGUGGACCGCCUGUGUCCCAGGGACAUGAUCCUGUCGCCGCCAAGCAGUACUCUCUGUUCCAGCAAACCCCUGAGUGCGGGACCCAUCUACCACAUGUUGUGA